CGGGGCCGGGGCUCCGCCGCAGCCUCUUACCUGUCCAGGUAGCUCGCAUUUCGAGGCGACCGGCGGCGCCCGCAGCACCUGUCGCCCGGUGCGCGGGCGGGGAGGCCGGCGCGGGGCAUGGCCCGGUAGAGUCCCCGGGGAGCCGGUGCCGAGUGCAGUCCGGGCCAGGGCAGGGCGCGCGGGGAAGCUCCUUCCCCGGGCCCGCGCGGCCGGCGGCAGCAUGAAAAAGAGCCAGACGGUGCAGGGCACCUUCAGCAAACUCUUCGGCAAGAAGCACAACUCCCCCGCCGCCACCUCCCUCUACGCCACCAAUCCCCCCUGGAUUUUCACCCAAGAGGCCUCGGAGGAGGGGACCAGGCACUUGGAUGGGAUCUAUUACGGAGACAAUCGAUUUGACUCUGUGAGUGAAUCAGGAACGGCCACACUGAAAGCUCGCCCAAGAGUCCGGCCCCUGCUGACCUUCCUUCCGCUGAAUGCCCAGGAGAACCAUGGGCUGGCUGUGCCCACCCCCUCUGUCCCAGAAGACUUUGUGGACAAAGGAGUGACAGGUACCAGCUCACUAGUCAAUGGCAACCUUCGAUUGUACAGCUCUGUGGGUGACCUGAGGCCUGGGCACUAUGGCCAGGACCCACUCAUCCCGCCGCCUCCCCCAGGCCCAGCCCCGGGGCCACCCCCAGAUGCUUUGCAACCUCGAGGGGAGUCCCCACCACCACCUCCACCUUCCAUGGCUCCCCCACCACCUCCCCUUCUGCUGGAACCCCCACCCCUGCCCAGCAUGGCCCCACCUCUGCCCCUGGUAUCGGGGGCCCUAUCCCCCCCCUCCACACCCACCCCCCCUGACUUCAUUCCCCCUGCCCCACCCUUGGCCUUUCUAGCCCCACCCCCACCCCCUUUGCCAGCCCCGGCACCCCCAGCUCUAGUGUCUCCUCACACAGGGACUCGCCUCUUUCCCCCUGGGGGUGUCACCAAGUGGAAAUCAGAGGUAGCACUGAGUGGCAGGCAGCCAGAACCUCUCAGAACCAGCCCCCCCAGGAGCCCUACUGAACCAGACGGGUGUCCCCUGGGACCUAAACCAGACUCCCACCUCACCUUCCCCCGUGCGUUCAAGGUGCCUCCCCCAACCCCAGUCAGGACUUCAUCCAUCCCGGUUCAGGAAGGACAAGGGGCUCCUCCAGAGGAAGAAGGGGCCGCCAGGAAGGCCCCCAGUCGACUCCCACUGCCUCCCAGCUUCCACAUCCGCCCUGCAUCCCAGGUCUACCCGGACAAGGCCCCUGAGCCAGAUCACCCUGGGGAGCUCAGGGCUGCAGCACCAGCCAGCCCGAGGCUGGGCCAGUCCCAGUCCUGGCCAAAUGAACAAGCGGAGACUCUACCCUCACCCCCUCCCCUGCCCCCUCCCGCACCCCCACUCCCUCCCCCAGCACCCCCCCUUCCCCCGGCUGCCCCUCCUUUGCCUUCUGCUGAGAAGGCAGCCCCUCCACCUGCUGGGUUUAUGAAAAGCCCUAAAUCCAGCUCUCCUGCUCCCAAACCCAAACCCACACCCCUGAGCCCAGAGGACACAGCCUCUUCAGUGCCUGUGGACUGGCGGGAUCCCAGCCAGAUGGAGAAGCUGCGGAGCGAGCUGGCAGCCUAUUUCUGUGGCUCCAGGAGAGAGGACCGACUCGUCAGUCACAGGCCAGGCCCAACAGUGGCUUCUCAGGGAAAGGAGGGCAAGAAGGGCCCCAGCCUGCCAGAAAAGGAGGCUCCCCCAAGCCUGCCAGAGAAGGAGAUCCCCCCAAGUGUUCCUGAGAAGAAUCCCCGCAGCCUGCCAGAGAAGGCCACCACCAGCCUGACCCUCCCCCCUGUGGACUACAUCCCCCAGGACGCUCCAACUCCCAGUGUCCGGCAGAUCCGGAAUGAGCUGGAGGCUCGGCUUUCCUCGUCAGCAGAGAAGGAAGCCAAGCCCAGCAUAGGGUCUCUGCCUCCCAAACCUCGGCUAGAAGGGGGAAGACUCUUUGAAAACAGGGCCAAUAAUGGCAGAUUCUCCAAGCCUGUGGCCAAGAACCUGUCACCUCUAUCCACCACCCCUCUGCCAACCACACCACUCCAGUCCAAGGCCAUGCCUGGGCCAGCCACACCACCCAAGGCUACACCUGGACCAGCCACACCACCCAAGGCCAUGCCUGGACCAGCCACACCACCCAAGGCCACACCGGGACCAGCCACACCACCCAAGGCCAUGCCUGGACCAGCCACACCACCCAAGGCCAUGGCUGGGCCUGCCAUACCAUCUGCAGUCCCAACUCUGCCCACCACAUCCUGCCAGUUGAUAGCAGAGAAGAACCUAGUCCCAGCUGGGCAGUGGGAGAAGCGAGAACCUCAAGAAUGUGCAGUGCCCUCCCAGCCAGAGGCAGACAGGCGCCCCUCAGAGGCCAGUAACCCUCCCACAGGGGGAGCCCUCUCAUCUCCAGCCCUCCCACCAAAGAUAUCCCCUGGCCGAGAAGAGGUGACAUUGCCCUACAAGCCCCACCGUGGCCAGAACAGCCCCAGCAGGGAGGCUGCCAUGGUGAUGCCUACAAUGGCCAGAGGAGAGGCUGCAGUGUCGGGGGAGCCUGUCGGGGUGAAGGAGCCCCAGGGGCUCCCAGCCAAACCCCCAGCCUCAGCCCAGCCUGCUGACGAACUCCUCAGGCAUCCGGUGACUGGGGAGGUGGUGGAGCGGGGUUCCCCGAUGGCCCUGCUCCUUGCAGCCAGGCAGAGGGCACAGAAGGGGAGGUCUGGAGGGGCUGCCCUGAGUCGGUCCUCCCUGCCAGGGAGUAUCCGUGGCCACAGCAGCCAGCCGGAGGCAAACUCUGACAGCAUCUUCUCUGAGGGCCGGCCCAACUCCUUCACUGUUGUCCCCAAGUUACCCAAGGAGGCUGAGAAGGACCCUCAGUUGGCCUGGUCAACACAGCCCACGGUACCCAAUCAGUGGAAGCCCCAGUCCCGCAGAGACCCAGAGGGCACAGAGCCAAGCCAUGGGCACAGAUGGACCAAGGCGGAGCCCCAGGCCCCUGUGGCCUGGGAAAGAGCAGCGCCCUCCAACCUCCCCCAGGGCCGCCUGCUGCCCAAGUCCUUCUCGUCCCCUCCUUCUCCUCCCUCCAAGAGGGAGGAGGAGGAGAAGGAGUUCAGCUUUGAGGUCAUCCCACCGCCGCCAGAGUUCAGCAAUGACCCUGAGCCCCCGACCCCGGCCCUCCAGUAUCUGGGGCGCCGGGGAUCCCCUCCCCGGAACAACUUCUCAGACUUGCGGCAGCCCCUGGACGCGGGCCCCGUGGCCUCUGCACCUUGCGGCUUCUCGCGCUUCCCAGCGGAUGCGCGCUACUCCGGGGCCGGGGGCCCGGAGCGCUCGUCGGGCGGGGGCCGUUCUCUCAUCAAGAAGCGCCUGUACGUUGGGGAGUCCCACUGCAGCCCCGGGCUGCCCCGCGGCGGCACGGGCCGCAGCCUCAGCUCCCCCAACUGCUUCGGGCCGCAGCCCGGAGGGCCCUUCAGAGCGCCCGGAGGCCCGGAGGUGCGGCGCGUGGGCUCGGCGGGCCGCGCGCCCCCCGGCGGCCUGCAUGCGCGGAAGCCGUGCCUGGAGGGCGCGGCCCGCGGAGAGGCCAAGUACAAGGGGCCAGGCGGCGACUACGGCUUCGCCCCGGCUACCGGCAGGUCUCCCCACAACACCCCCCACUAUGGAAGCCCCAUCAACACGUUCACCGUGAGGCCGGGGACCCGCCAUCCCAUCUCCUAUGCCUACUCAGGGGCCCAUUGGAAAGCCCCAUCCUGAGCCCAGAAUUUUCUUAGUUCUACUCCAAGGGGUCAGAUCCCGGCACUUGUUUUUGUGGGGGUGGGAGGGACGCAGCAGGUGUUAGGCAGCCUGACUCGGACACGGAAGAAUCUUUGUUUCCCAAAGACAGACAGCCGGACAACAAGUGAGAAGCAGUGGGCCGGGGAAGAUCAAGAUUGGACUUCUGUUUCCCAAAGCACUGGCAUGGCUGUGGACCAUGCAGAUGGGGUGGGAGGGGCAGGAGGGAGGAGAGGAGGAACCUUGAAGGACUGGAGC